AUGGGAAAGAUGCCGAUAAUGGGAAUGGAGGCGGCCGGGUCUUCUUUCUCAACGGCGUAUGUGUGCGGGCUGCCCUCAUCCGAUGCUAUGCGGAUAGACGACCUUCUCGAUUUCUCCGAGCAGGACGACCUCUUCGACGCCACAGCCGCUUUGCCUGAGAGCAUCCAGAGCCACAUUCUUCCCCUGCACGAGAUCUCUAGUACCGCCGGCUACCUCGACUCUUCGGUUCCCCAAAUGUGCACCUUCUCCGACGAUCUUUACAUACCUGUAAAUCCUGAUAACCUGUAAAUCCUUCAAACUAGUGCCCGCUCUCUCCCUCCCUUCCUCUCUCUCUCUCUCUCUCUCUCUCUCUCUCUCUCUCUCUCUCUUGCUGUACCAAUUCGUUACCCUCUACUCGCGGAUCCGAAGAAAAGAGAUUGAUAUCUCGGGAAGCUCACACUGAAUAACUUUGAUUUCUGCUUUUUCAUGAAAAAUUGUUACAGAGCGAGGAGGUGGCGGAACUAGAAUGGCUAUCCAAGUUCGUAGACGACUCCUUCUCUGACAUCCCUUUCCCAUCCUGCCAAGGCUGGUCUGGGGGAAACCCUGUUCCGUCAUCCAAUUCCAGCGAUGUUCGUUCGGACCCAUCCACCGUCCCGUGCCGAGUCAGGAGUAAGCGUUCGAAGGCGCCUGUUGCCGCACUCCAGCAGGCCGCCUCCACAGCCUGGUCCUCUCCGCAGCAGUCUUCAUCUUCCGCGACGUCUUCCUCUUCGUCUUCAUCCUCGUCGGAGUUCCCCCCAGGUGUCGCCAGCAGCAAUCCCAAGGCGCCGUCCACUUCGAGCGGCAGGAAGAAGGAAACGAGAGGCGAGGACGGUGGCGUGAGGAGGUGCACCCACUGCUCGUCGGAGAAGACGCCGCAGUGGCGAACGGGCCCUCUGGGCCCGAAGACGCUUUGCAACGCCUGUGGGGUGCGGUUCAAAUCGGGGAGGCUCGUGCCUGAGUACCGCCCCGCCGCCAGCCCCACCUUCGUGCUCACCCAGCACUCCAAUUCCCACCGCAAGGUUUUGGAGCUGCGCCGACAGAAGGAUGUCCUUCGCCAGCCAGGAAGCUCCGCCACCGCCGUUGUGACCUCCCCCCGGCCGGAACUACUCUACCGUGACUAUGAGGUCUGCUGA